GGGAGUCUUUGAAACUUUGCCCAGAAUUCUGGAUGUUUUAUACUUCUUAAAAUGUAUAUGCAGGCGGAAUCUACCCCUUUGAAGGUGUCCAACACCUCGACGGCCAGACAGACGGACGCCCUCUGAAUGGGUCAACCUUUCCCGUUCCCCAACCCCCCGUCGGGGAACAACCCCCUUACCGUCCUUCCCCGUCCGUCCCGUGGCGAGGUCUCCGCCAUGGGCAUGGAGCCCAACCGCUCCGCCCCCUCCUCCCGCUACCCCCUGCUGUCGGCCGAGCAGCUGAUCUAUGCCAUCACCGUGCCGCUGUCCACCUCCAUCAUCCUGGCCAACCUGCUCAUCAUCCUGGGCAUCGCGCUGAACCGCAAGCUGCACAACACGCCCAACUACUUCUUCCUCAGCCUGCUCGUGGCCGACCUGUGCACGGGCGUGGCCCUGCCCUUCAUCCCCUGGAUGGGCCUCAACCGCCAGCUCAGCUUCAGCUCCUGCCUGGUGGCACACGUCUUUCCCAACUUCCUGUUCCUGGCCUUCCUGCUCAACCUGGUGAUGGUGCACUACGAGCGCUACACCUGCAUCGCCAGCCCGCUGCACUACAGCCGGCUGUGGGUGCACCGCCGCUUCCCGCUGGCGCUACUGGUGGUGUGGGCACCGCCACUGCUGUACGCCGCCCUGCCCGCCUUCGGCUGGAACAACUGGUCCGCCCCGGAUUGGGACUACUGCUGCCCCACAGGCGUCGGGGGGCGGAUGGAGGAGAGGCGGGCGGAGGCGCCGUGCGCGGCCAAUGCCACCUCGUCCUUCUGCUGCUCGUACCGCCGCGUGUUCCCCAACGCCUUCAUCUACUUGGAGGUGUACGGCCUGGUGCUGCCCGCCAUCCUGGCCAUCGCCGGCAUGACGGGCCGCGUGCUGUGGAUCACGCGCGGCCAGCUGCGCGACAUCUGCCGGCUGCACCGCUCGCUGGAGCGCGGCGCCGCGGCGUCAGACCGGGAGCAGCGGCUCCAGCUGCGGUACGCGCGCUGCGUGGCGGCCGUGUCGCUGACCUUCCUGGCGUGCUGGUUGCCCUACGUCAUCUACAUGCACGUGUGCGUGGCGUUCCUGCUGAGUGAGACGCGCUGGAGCUCCACUGUGCACAUCGUGCUGUCGUGCACGGGUGUGGCCGGCAUGGCGGUGGUGCCGCUGGUGCUGGGCAUGGCCAACCGGCAGUACACCGACCCAGCCAGCCGCAUCCUGCUCAAGCUGCGGGCACGCUGGAGGACCAGGCGGCCACAGCACGGCGAGGAGAUCGCCCUCUAGGGGCCGCGGUGACUUUAGCGGCCGUCCUGGGGUUACGUACAAACUUGCGUCUUGGGGGUUGCCUCGACGCACAACAGAUUCUCAGGUCAUGCUCGCUAGAGGGGCCAGAAGACGAACUCCCCCGCUUCGUCUGAGCGCAGGGGGGGACUGUGCGCUGCCUGGUUAGCUUUAAGUUUAAGCCUUAAACUUAUGUUUAAGGCGUUAUGGAAAUGCAGAUCAGGGGGGAACAGACGUGUGGCGUCUUUGACCUGCGUGGUCUUCGUUCCGACAGGGAGUAACGUUGCAUUGGUGUUGACACUGCAUUUGAACGCAAUUAAGGACAAAACUGUGGUUGGUGCAAGAUAUGUUUCUGUGGUUAGUGCACUCGUUUUUUAAACAAAUAAUUUUUGUGGACGAUUUGACACAAAUGAGCAGUCCAGAAAAGGCCCUAGUUGAAGACACCAGUGUUAUGUUGGUGAGCAUUGAGAGAUACACAUGAACGUGUAUCAAACCGAUUUGAUUGGCUGACGGAUGCAUCUCCAAAGACUACUCCCCCAUCAGUCAGCAACGCCUUCCCACGUCCGUUGACUGACGGAGGUAGUGGGCAUGUAGCCCGUGCCCACUACCUCCGUCCGUUGACUAAUCCCCAUUGACUUUGAAUGGAGACAGACGCGCAAUGCAUUGUGGAUCCGUCCGUUCCA